AUGACUACGAUAACUAGUACAAGCGAUGAUGCGUUGUUCAAUAUGAACAAAAAAAAGAAAAGUAAAAAAUCACUCAAAGUGAGUCAACAAGUUGAAACAACAAUUACAAGAAACUCUACAGAAAAUGCGAUUCAAGAAGAAACUGAUACUAUUCCUACAGUGGCUGAAAUUGACCUUAACUACGAAUAUUUACUCAAUCGAGCAUUUGAUAUUAUUCGUCAGAAGCAUCCUGAACGGUUUAAUCAAGGUAAAGUCGUAGUCGCUCUUCCACCAUUACAACUAGCACGUGUUGGUACUCGGCGUACAGCAUUGCUAAAUUUUGGUUCAAUAUGUACAAUACUCAAACGACAAGAAAAACAAUUACAUGAUUUUUUUCUAGUCGAAUUGGGUACCACAGCUAAUAUUGACUCAAAGCAUGCAUUGAUUAUAAGAGGACGUUUCCAAACAAAACAAUUAGAACAUGUCCUUCGUUCGUUUAUCAGCGAAUAUGUCUUUUGUAAAACAUGUCGUUCUCCAAAUACGCUAUUACGAAGAUCCGAUGGCUUAACUAUGAUCAAUUGUAAUGAUUGUAACUCACAAUAUUCUGUUUCCACUAUAAGAGCAAAAGCUACCGUGAAUACUAACAAACAUUGA